UCCUUCAACUCUAUCGAGCAGAAGGAGGCGCCGCCGUGAUCCAUGGAGUCCACCAAGAGGAGACCACCGCCGUUGACCCACAGCAGGUCAAUCGGAACCGUCGUCGGCCGCUCCGGCUUCGGCGAUGGAGCCGUGGGAGGAGAUGCGGCCGAGCCGGUGAGCCCGGCAGGGCUGCUGUUCCGCCAGCGCCGCUUCGACUGCUACAUCGUCGCCGCGCUGGGGAUCGGCGUCCCCAUCGACGUCGACGCCGUCAAGUCUGGCCUCGUCUCCACCCUCGUCCGCCACCCCCGCUUCUCCAGCGUCCUUGUGGCCGGCGACGACAGUGGAGAGAAGUUGAAAUGGGUGCGCACGAAGGUCGUUAUCGACGACCACGUCGUCGUUCCUGAUCUCGGCGCGGAUAGCUCCGGCGAAGGCAUCGGCGGCAGCGCCUCUUCCGCCGACAAGGUGGUGGAGGACUACGUAUCCAAUCUCUCCGCCGCUCCUCCCAUGGACGCCUCUCGGCCCCUCUGGGAGCUGCACGUACUCAACCUCCGCACCUCCGAGGCCGCAGCCGUCGCCGUCUUCCGCAUCCACCACUCCCUCGGCGAUGGACUCUCCCUCAUCUCCCUCCUCCUCGCCUGCACUCGUCGCACCGCCGAUCCGACCUCCCUCCCGACCCUCCCCCAGCCACGCCUCCCGCUGCCGCCUCCGCCCCGCUCCAACGCUCUCCUCAACGCGAUCCUCUUUCUGUGGGCCUUGAUCGUGCUCACGUGGAACACGGCGGCGGAUUUGUUCGACCUUUUGGCCUCGUCCGCGUGGUUGAAGGACACGCCGACGCCGUUGAAGGGCGGCGCGGGUACGGAGCUCCGCCGCAAGCGCUUCGUCCAUCGCACCCUGAGGCUUGACGAUGUUAAGGAGAUCAAAGACUCGAUGAAUUGUACUAUAAAUGAUGUUCUUGUGGGUGUUACAUCUGCUUCUAUCUCUCGCUACCUCAACAGAAGAUACGGUGAGGCAGAUGAAGGGAAUGAUAGUAAGAAGGAACUGCCAGCAAACAUCAGACUCCGAUCAGCCAUGCUGUUCAAUGUCAGGCCUCAGCUAGGGAUCCAAGCUCUGGCUGAGAUGAUGGAUGGCAAAAAUUGUGGGGUUGCAUGGGGCAACUUGCUUAGCUACAUUAUCCUACCGUUUCCAGUCAUAAUGUACAAUGAUCCAUUGGACUACGUACGUGCAGGAAAGGCAAUUGCAGAGCGAAAGAAGAACUCUUUACAAGCCAUUUUGACAUAUCGCUGUGCCCAUUUCUGUGUUAGAAAGUUUGGCAUUAAGCCAGGUGUUGCAAUGAUUCGCGGACUUGUUUCUAACACAACGUUGUCGUACUCGAACAUUGUUGGCCCAGUUGAUGAAGUCAGCUUCUAUGGCCACCCAAUUGUGUAUAUUGCUCCCAGUGUAUAUGGUCAUCCGCAUGCUCUCACACUUCACUACCAGAGUUACAUUAACGAGAUGAGGGUUGUGCUUGGAGUAGAUGAAUCCACAAUACCAGAUUCACACCAGCUUCUGGCUGACAUAGUUGAAUCCGUUAAGCUCAUCAAGGAAGCACUGCCUAAAAAAUUAUGAUGCACAACUUUGUUCAUUUAUACCUCACUAAUUAUAAACAGCAAACUCAUUGUUGUACAAUAAUUUUGGUUCUUCUCAAUUGUGUAGUUGCAAAGAUUUGGAUAAUUUGAUUGAGACUGGUGAACUAAUAAUGUCUUGCUCGUGUUUAUUGUUGGAUCUUCCAUUGAGAUUAAUAUUGAUGAUUUUGAGGAAAUUUCUAGAUAAUA